AUGACUGCUAGUGCACUGGAUACUAAUGCAUCAGCAGGGACCCAUCCGAUCGAUGUCACAAGUCACAUUUCGCGUCUUGAAAUGACUCUUCAAACUCGCGUUGAGGUCCUGCACAACGCCAUUCUCCAUAUCUCCGACUCUUUACUUGGGAAAAGGCGACUAAAUGAAUGGGUUGGUACCGAGGGAUACGCCGUUCUGCCCGAGAAGAGAAUCUGUCAACCUCCUUCGCUGCUGAAGCAAUUGCAGAUUUUUCUUAAUAAAAGUGACGCGCAUUUCAAGUCCCAGGAACAAGAAAAGGCAGUCGUGCAUUGUGUAGCACCAAAGAGCGACGCCUUGGUCGUCCUGCCAACUGGUGCCGGGAAGUUGUUGACUUUCAUGCUUCCCGCUUUCACUCACAAGACAAAGGUGAUGGUUGUAGUCGUUCCACUUGUGGCUCUGCAGCUUGACCUUAUCAAACGCUGCGAAGAUGCAGGUAUCCAAGCCUGUCAGUGGAAUGCGCGGGAUGUAGCCGGGGCACGUAUUGUUGUCGCCAGCGCCGAGCAUCUGUCUUCACCAGACUAUCAAUGUUUCCUUAGGGAACUAAAGGUUAUGAAUAAGCUGCAUGCAAUAUUCGUGGACGAGUGGCAUCUGGUUUUAUUAUGGCACAGUUUCAGAGAAGCCAUGAAGUACUUGCGCGGUUUCAUUCGUCCAGAACUCGUCAAUGUGCCAGUUAUCGCUCUAACGGCAACAGCCCCACCGUCCAUUGAACAACAAAUUACUUCCGCAUGUGGAUUGUCAGACUUCAUCACUGUGCGUCAGAAAACGUCGAGACGGAACAUCAGGUAUGAAGUUUACAACGUGAAGAGGCAAAAUCUCAAUCGUAAGGUGGACGAAAUGCUUGACUAUUUGCGUAACGUUUCCGGUACAUCUCCCUCCAGAGCCAUCACUUACGUGCAAACAAAAGAUGAAUGUGACUCGCUCUGUAUGAUGUUACAAACCCUGAACCCGGACAUGCCUUGCUUCAAAUAUCAUGCAGGUAUGGAAAAGGAUGACAGAAAUGCAAUGCAAUCCGGCUGGGAAGAUGAAUCUGAUGGACUUCCGCACGUCAUGGUUGCAACGAAAGCAUUUGGAUGCGGCAUUGACAUCUCCACUGUUCGGAUUGUCGUACAUGCUGGUCUUCCAAGCACGCUCACUGAGUACGUGCAAGAAAGCGGACGUGCCGGUCGUGACGGCCAACCUGCCAAAAGUACUGUGCUUAAUAUUAUCGAUCAGUUCAAUCAUUCAGUUGAACCGCAAUUGUCCGGUUUCGGUCCUAAGCAGCUGGUGAGUGUCGUCGGUGGCUGGUGGACCUGUUCAUGGACGGGUGUUCUGAUCACCGACCUUGUCAAGAACGUGGGAUGGAGCCUUGUGAUAUUUGUUCUUCCGAAGGAAGUGGAAUACGUUUACGUAGACGUGCUUCCGAAUUCCAAAACGAGGACACCUGCAGGAAAGAAGUUCAGAUUCGACCUACAAGGAAGCGCGUGA